AUGAAACCACCAACUCCAAGCUUACAAAAAUACCCCACACAAUCUUCUAUAAAAAAUAGAAAUGAUGAUAAUGAGGACGGGAAAGAAGAGAAUGGGGUGUGGUUUUGGGUCAAUAAAAGUGGUUUUCCCAUUGAUGAGUCUACAUGGGAUAGAAUGUGGGAUCAUGUAGCUAAAAAUCACCCGGGUGGAUAUAACAUGGUGUGUGGUAUCAGGAGUGCCAAGGACCUUCCGCAGGUGUCAAUUCCACAACCUCCUUAUAAUUUUCCUGUCAAUAUUUCUGUUGCUGAUAAAUUAGAAAAGAUUCAAAACUACAUGAGAGAUUUACAAUAUAAUCAUACUGGAACUCAAUUUUUUGAAAUAAAGAAAAACAGACCAAUUUCAGGGUUGAUGGAAAGUGCUAGAGAAAUGAUAAGAGAAUCUUUACCUAUAAAAUGUUUGGAAGCUGUUAUUCUUGGCAUAUUUUUAACUAAUGGUAUGAUGGGAGUGGAGAGAUUUGCUAUUAGUUUUAAAAGUACAUUCGGUAGUCAUGUACAUCGUCAUGUUGUAUUAGGUAUUUACUAUGGUGGACUAUAUGGUGCUAUUGGUAUGAGUCGUAGAGAAGAGUUAAUGUAUAAACCUUUAAUUUAUAAGAAUUUAUCAGAUUUAGUUUUAGAUUUUGAAAGUAAUUAUAUUAAAUUUUAUCAUAGAUUAAAUAAAAUUAAAGUUGGAUUACCCAUACCACAUGAUCCUCAUAGUUUUGAACCAAUUCCUUGGAAGGUUAUCAAUGUCAAUGUUGCUAAAACAAGAAGAAAAGACAUAGUUAAGGAUUUAGAUCAACAUGCUCGUGAAAUAAGGACUAAAGCUAGAUCAUGGAGUAUGCCAGCAAGUGUCAAUAAAAAGAUGAGUCCACUCAUAGACACAUUAGGUGGAAAUCAUCUCAAAACAAAUCAGCAAGCAACAAAAUCUUCACCAUCUUCGUAA